AGGCAAUAAUCAGCGUACCGUAAACAAUGGUGUUUAGCUGUGUGUGUGUAGCUUGCUCGCUCGUUUGGUUGACAAUCGCGAUGUGAUGUAUUCUACAUCAUCGCAUGCUGAGUUAUAUUUUCAUCAAAUCUUUUUAAUUUUUAUAUUAGUUAACACAUUUUUUUCUAAAUGUUCUCUUUCGUUGUGGUUACGUUUCUCCGUUUUGAUUUCUAAAUAUGUGUAAUUUGCCGCCGAAGUUCCAUUCAGUGUGUCGCCUUUGUUUAUCAUUCUGUGGCGAUAAUUGCAGUGAUGUUAAACUUCCAAUAUUCGACCGUGAUAAGGAUAAAUCACGACUUUCCGAGAUGAUAAUCACAUAUUUGUCACUAAUGGUGUCACCUGAAGAUAUGCUGCCGCAGGUGGUUUGUGGAAGUUGUGCGAGCAAACUUGAUGAGUUCCACACAUUUAGAGAGUUGUCCCACAAAUCAGAGAGACUACUGGUCCAAUUUGUACAGUAUGCCAACUCGCUGACUGGUCCAAAAGAGGACGUCCUCGACGUGACCGCGGACAAACUAGAAGAGAUAAUCAAGCCGCUGAACGAAUGCGACUAUGAAGACGCGAGCAAGCAAAAGUACGCCGAGAUCGGCUCGCCGGACUCCACGGAAGAAAUGAAGAACCUAGAGAGCCGGCAGGCGGCGGUGACACUACUGCAGAUAAAAAACUACGAUCCGACCAAGUACGCCGCGAAGGCGGAGGAAAGCCCUCACAUAAUGUUCAACAGCGUGCCGAGUUUGCCGCCGUCGGACCGGGCGCGGGAGGUGAUGCACUGCAAUGCCGUCAUCGACAUCAUAAGCAAGGCUGUGGCGGUCGCGCAGCGGGAAAACGAGGAGGCUCAGAAUUUCCCGCCAAAUUACACGAGCGUCAUAGACAGGACGCAUACAGCGAGCGAGGUCGCGUACACGCAGGAGUACCCUGAAGAACAAUACAGCGCUUAUGAUGCGCCUCCCGAUGACCACGAUCACAAAGAAAUGGAUCUAUCACUGUACAGUUGUAUCAAAAGCGAGUCGGUAGAGCCGAUAGAGCCGCCCGACCGAGAGCCCGCCGCCUUCUUACACAAAACGCUAACAAACAAGUCGUCAAGUUUCGCGGAUGAGUACAAACAACACGUGUUCGGUCGUAGCAGUAAAUCGAAACAGUCGAAAGAGAACGCGCCAGUAUAUGAGGACUGCAGUCAAAGCAGUAGCGGCUCCGACCCGGACAGAUUACAGAUGGAUAUAUCGGAAAUGUCGCAGGACGACCCCGAGGAGACCCAGUCAGUUCCAUCAGCACAGUCUUCGCCGAAGCCGCCCCACGAUCCUGAGAGUGAAAAGGAGUCCCUCUGGCAAGCGCUGCACAAACAAAAUGGUCGUAGCGGCGGGGAAGCGACGCAGCUGCUGCGCCGGCUCAUUAACAGCAAGCACCUGGGCAUGACCGUGUCCCCGCUGAGGACGGCCACGUCGCCCGCGCCGAUCCUGCCACCCAACGGUGCCAUCUCACCCAACGGUGAGUGGUCGAACUCAGGACGCGGCGCGGGUGCGGGCGCGGGAACAGCGCGCAGGAAACAGAGCUGCCCCGCGCGCGCGCAGCUCGUGCACGAUGCGCCCGGCGCGUGGCCCACAGCGCACGAUAACCAAGAGGUGUCGGAGGGCGGGUGCGCGGGCGGCGCCGGCGGCGCGCGCGGCGUGCAGCGCGUGGAGCUGUCGUGCAGCAACUGCGGCACGUUCACCACCACCAUCUGGCGGCGCGACGCGCGCGGCGAGAUGGUGUGCAACGCGUGCGGCCUGUACUACAAGCUGCACGGCGUGCCGCGCCCCACCGCCAUGCGCCGCGACACCAUCCACACGCGCCGCCGCCGCCCCAGGCACGACGCCAAGCACGCGCGCAACAAAUCUCGUCGUAGCGCCAGCGGAGGCAAUACAGAAAUGGGAGCUGUGGUGGGCGCGAGUAGUGGAGUUGUAGCGCCAGUUGUUGGUGAAGCGGAAGUCACCCGCGGGGGUGCGGCUAGUGGGGGCGGGGGCGGCAGAGGGGAAGGGGAGGGCGCGGAGGAGGCGGUGUUAGCGGCCUUGCGGAGACAACUGCAGCCGCAUCUGUUAGCUGCGUUACAUGCGCACGCACCGCGCCCGCACUCGCACACGCAUCGCACGCAGGUCGGUCGAAGCAUGCCCGAGUAUGACGAGGCGCCGUUAAACCUCGUCGCCAGCCACGUCGCAGCUGAAGAGAUGCACUGACUACCCAGUGAUACCCCUGCCGCAAGUAAAGUUACUCAGUUCACACCCAACAAUAACGUUACUACACUAUAGCUUCCAUAGCGUGUACAAUAACGGCCAGUUACAUACCAUAGACAACGUGAUUUACCGUAUUUAUAACGUGCAAUUUUGUAACAAAUUAUUUUUGGAAGAGUAGUUGCAACACUACAACAAUAUAUAGCAUGCCCUUUCCCAAUGCAGUGCGUGCAUUUAGAAUGAGUGAAUAUUUUCUUUUUAUGAGUAAAAAUACUCUUAUUGCCGUAUCAAUAACUGGUUGUUUUGUUUUUUUUUUUAAUAAUAGUUACAAAAUUUUACGCUAUACAUACGAACAGAAAUAAAGAUCUUGAUGAAAUUAUUCUUAUUAUAUUAAAUAUAAGUUUUUUUUUUGUAUGUAAGAGAAAAAUUACGAUAUUUUACGAUGGGAAACCGUCGAAGCCAGGCCGCCGUUUUCAUUCUACGCGGUAGUCAUGUAAGGCCAGUGUCAAAAGAAUUACUAAAGACUUGUUAUGCAAAGCUAAUCGAACUGAAUUUAAACUAUUUGUACUUGCGGAAAUAGUCGAUAUGUAAGAUAAUACUACUGAUAUAUUGAACAUAUUUUUCUACUCCAUUGUAUUGUUACUAUAUGAAUUAUGGCAUGUACUCUACUUAUUUAAUAAUGCCGAUUAGUUGGAUUUUUAAAUAAAUGUGAACAUACUGAAGUUAAGUUCUAUGAUCGCAGUUGUUUCUGUUAAGCUAUUAUUGAUAUGAUAGUGUUGAAAUAAAGUUGACUUCAAUUCUUCGUCAAGUGAAUGCUUACCAUUAAUUUGAAGUAUUUCUUUUUUUAAUAUUUUCAUUUUACGUAAAUUAUCAGGAUUAUAGAUUGAAAUUAGUUUUAUGAAUUAUUAUUUAUCACAGAUUGUUAAAUUAUGCAUCAAAUACCUAUAGUUUCACCAACCGAGUUACAACUACAAAAUUAAAUAAAUCCAGCAAUAUAGUGUAGCGGCAUUAUUAAAUUCGAUAUGUGGUACCAAUUUUAAUCACAACAAAGUACAAUAAAGGACAAAUAGUUUAAAUUUAAGUUCUCUUUAAGAAAGUUGAGUCUCAAAAUACAGAUCUGAUUUUAAAGUAAAUUAUAGUAUUACAAGGAAUAAUUAAUUAUUUAAAAUGGUAACAAUUAUUAUUAUGCAGGGCAUAAGUGUGUAUAAAUGAUGAGAUAGUUGGCGCGGCCAAUACUCGUUCUCAGUGCCUAUAGGAUAUAGCCGGAGAGCUGGUGGGUAAAAAUGAUGAGACGCUUGAAAAUGUGAAUGUUUGUACUGUAACAGCAUCCACAGUUUCUGCACUAUGAGAGUAGAAACUGUGAAUGAUGUGAUUUUUCGUCAUUCAUCCACUUCACCAAAUUUUCUCACCAGCCCUUGGACCAAUAGGUGUAAAGGUACCAAUGUUUAAACAGAGAUUCGAAUAUUUUCCCUACAAUGUGAUAUAUGAUCGAAUAAUAAUAAAGAAUGUUGUGUAAUCUGGCAUUCAAGUGCGCUAGGUUCGUUUUAUUUCGGUGGUUGAAAACGUGUGUAGUAUGUAAGCUCGUCUGCGAGUAAAUGAUCGAGAGAUGGACAAAAACUAGGCAUGAAACAUGAUAAUGCUUUUGUGCAUAAGCGUUUUGCAUUGUACAAUAUCAAAAGAUAUAUAUUUUAUGAUCAAUAUUUUUUUAUGAAAUAAACUUAAUACAAGUUGUGGAAACACUUUCUCCAUUUAUAAUAGAGUAAAAAGAACAGAACUAUAGUAUAUUAUCUCAAUAUUAAUAUACCUUCAAUACUGCAAAUAUACUUUUAAUGUUGCUAAAAUAAAAUAAACAAUACUUUAUUAUUUAAUCUAUGUAUUUUGGACAAUUCACUUCACUGACACAUGAAGUCAAUAAAGUUGUGUAGAGAUUUCCACAGUAUUCUAUUUUAUCAUAUGUAUAACGACGUCAUCUCUCGGUCUAUAAAAUUUGCAAACUGAUUAUUGAUAGUGAUCGUCGUUGGGUUCUGAAGCCUUGCCUUUAACGCUCUCUCUUGAUAUUAUUGAAAUUAUUGUUACGGUUACCUAUUGCAGGAAGCAAGUAUUCUUUUAGAUUUUAGGUCAGUUUUAAGAAUAUUGUAAAUUUUUAUUAUAUACUUAGUUGUAAUGAUGGUUCGUAAAUUUAUAGUUAUUUAUUUCCCAUUUCGGUCAGUAUUUAAAUGUAAGUAUUUUUUUUAUUAUUCUGGCGAUUAUUCGUUCGUAAUUAUAACAAUAAUUAUAUAAUUAAGGAUAUAUAUUAUGGUCUGUUUGAAGCAAUAAUAACAAAUAUGAAUCUCCUUAUACAAAAGUGCAAGCGAAGUCGUUAUAGACAUUAUUUUUUAAAGUUUAAGGAAGUAGUUAGGACAGAACGGUGAAAUUAGAUGAGCAAUAAUAAAUUUUAAAUCUUCCCAUGACACGGUCUCUAAAAUACUUAUUGUAAUGUGUAUACAUAGGUAGCAUCGCACUUUUUGAUCUGCAUGAUGCCGUUUAUACUUAAUAAUAAUUAAUAUUUUUUCGGUAUUAGUGUCUAUACACACGUGCCACAUUUCAACUGCUAGCCGAUAGCAAAAGUGCAGUUGCAAUACAGGUCUUAUGCAGUUGACACGAUAACUUUGAAAUUGCCAACUGGCUGCAUUUUAUUAACAGCCAUUUAUUAUUAUAUAAAGGUGCUGAUAGACUUGAGCAUUCAUUUGUAACAGAACAUCGAGCGUUCGCCGUUUUUACAUUUGUCGAUCUGAACAACCAGCCGAGCCAAAUAUUGCUACGAACGUUUUGAGAAUUCUUGCGAACGCUCGAUUCGAGCAAGCAAAUCUGCUCGCUGAAAUGCACGUAAAUUUUCUCGUAUUUUUCUGUAAUAUAACAUUCACACGAAUGCUUAUUACAAGUGAAUGCUCAAGUCUAUCAGUACUUUUAGGCGGGCCAUUUUUUUAGUUUAAUCGGUUGUUUCUAAUCCAGUGAAAAGAUAUAUGCAAGCUAAUUCACGGUGACAUGCUUCGCAUAUAGUUAAGAACUUCAAAAAUAUUCUGUUGAUGUAUUUUUAUAAAAAAAAAAUAAUGUAAAAAAAGAAACUUGUAUAGGGUACGCUUUUUGUUGGCAGUUUCAUUGAUAAAGUUAGUAAUUGUCAAAGAGUUGUAUCCCAAUUGCAGUUGCAGUUGGCUGCAGUUAAAAUGUGGCCCGUGUGUAUGCACCCUUAGUUACGUAUAUAGUUUAGUUUUAAUCGUUGAAAGUGUAAGGAACCAAUAUUGAAUAUUCCACAGCAUUGAAUGUUGCGCAUUCCGUGUGAGCAUUCGAUACGAGCACGCAAUAACCAAAUCGUCGUGGCAUUAUCUUUUUUUUAAUUUUACUAGAAUCACCUCAUUGUGGUCAGUGUUUAUGUAAAUAAUUGUUUUUUGAAAGCGGAAAAGCAUUUACAUUACUUGUAAUUAACUCGGGGCUGUUUUAUUAUUUUUUUUUUUUUGGCCAAUCGUCUAUACUCUAUAAUAACUCAUUCGAUCACCGUCCUUUUACUUAACGUCUCUACUUAAUUUAGUAUUAAUUUAUUUAUUAUUUGAACCCCCCCACGGGCCAGUAUACAAGCAGUCUAUGAGACAUUGUGAUAUCUUUAGCUAGAUCUUGCUUACAUUUCGUACGUUCGUAACUACGUAAUAUCUGUUGCUGCUUCUAUUUAUAUGCGCAUUAUAUUAUCAUGUGAUGCGUGACUAAUAUUGUCGUAUUCGAAAAGCUUUAAAAAUUGAGAUUAUUUAUCCUUUAAUAAUUGGGAACUCUGUAUAGUUGUCGAUGCUGUAAUGAUUCUUAGCAUCGCUUACUCAUUCAUAAUAUCGUGUGUAAAUCUGCAAUCUACCUUGACAAUAAAAAUGUUAGACCAAUAAGCAGGUAAAUUACUGUAAUAUUUUUCUUUAUAGUCUAUAUUAUCUCAAAUAUUUGCUCUCUAUAAUAUUUUUCAGCUCUCUUUUAUCGAUAUUUGAAUAGUUUGAAAUUCACUCAUUCAUCUCUAUUUUUGAUGAACGUCCGGUGAUAUUGUUAGAUUUGGUUAGGAAAUGUAUCCCACGAUUAAGUUCAGUGAUUUUUUUUUCUCGUAAGGAUCGAAAUAGUUUUAUGGUUACGUCAUAUUAGUUUAGGGUCGCCGCUAACUUUGCAGUUAGGUCACAUAGCUCACGUUCAUGGGCGUAGUGAGGUACGGGCAGGGUAGGGCAGUUUACCCCCUCCCCCUCUCCCCCCUAGACGAGCGAUCGAUCUAUGGGGAUUCAUAUUAAAUUUCAAGAUAUUCAAAGAUUUAACUAACUAAUUCUUCGAUACGAUAAAGUGACCAUAUGUGGAUGAUCGGACGAAACUGAGGCUGAAACUGAUAUUCGGUUUCGGCCAUAAAAGUAGUUUCGAUCAGACAGUAUCAAUUUGUAAUAUGAAAUAGUCAAUUUAAGUAUAUCUGACCCCCCCCUGGAUAGAAUCCUGGCUACGCCCAUGCUUACAUUUGCUAACUUUGUGACUUCAUCACUAAGUUUGAACUUGGAUUGACUUCACUUGGUUAUCGUCACCUGGAGCCAGGUGCCAGCUGGAAUUGAGCGCUUACUCAUACAGUACAAUGCUGAGCUAGCCUUUUUCAAGGUUGUGCCAAACAUAAAGUGGUGUUCGAUGCUUUCACUACUUGGGUUUUUGUCUCGACAUGCCCAAAGAAUACAAUUGGUGUAAGGCAUUGUGAUUUCUGGCACAACUUUAAAAUAAACAUCUUUUCUUUCUUUCCUCGGUCACCGCUGACUUUGUGACGACGUUGCUGCGACUUAUGACUACAAUACAUGUUCAAGGCUUUAACUAACUGUGGUUACGUCACAAGUUUUAAUCUUCCCUAACUAUGUAAUGGGUUGAUGCAUAAUUAUCCGCCGUUUUUCACCAGUGAAAAGUAGCGUUUUGUUUAUUAUUUUUGUAUAAAAAAAAAACUUUUAUUGUUUUGGAAAAAUGUGUGUCGAAAACCAUAUUCACAUUCGCUAUAUUGUGUUCUACCAUUUCGAAAAAGGGUGGAAAGCAGCGCAGUUAUUUUGCGAUCUCAACGAAUUUUUUUGGUUAGAAGGAAAUCGGCAAAAGUCAAUGUAAGGAUUGACCGUUUUAAAUCAGUUGAUUGCUAGCUUAGAUAGGAUAAGUCAGGAAGAGAUCGGCAAUGCGAUUUCAGAAUUUGCAAUAAGAUUUACGACAAUUUGGAUGACUUGGUGGCAGAUAUCGUGAAUCGCCUCUAAGAAUCGUGUCCUCUCAGCUCGCGGAAUCGACCAUCUACCAUGCAAUUGAGAACCAGUAAAGUAGAUGAUGAGUGCGCUCCCGAAUAACAUGUUUUUGUCAGUUAUUGUUGUUGACUUUGUUAAAUACGAUUUAUUGGAAAAACUCCGGUUAAUUAUGCAUCAACAAAAUACUUUCGUCAGUUUCCGGCCUCCGCUAAUUUGUUGGUACGUCAUAUAGUCUACGGUCUUCACUAACAUUACUGCACGCAGUAGUGAUACAGUAUUAUUUUUUAUUCAUAUUAUAUUACUCUGUACAUUUUUUUCUUAGUUUUAUUUUGUUUGUAGUUGUCGCGUUGAAAUAUACCAUUGGUGUAACAAUUGGUUAAAUCUUUUUUUUUUUUGAGAUAAAAAACAAUCACCUCAUAGCAAUAUAUACUAUUUUUAUAAACCUGGUUUUAGUAAUAUUUUCUGAAGAUUGUAUUCAAUCAAUAUGAUAUUCUAUUUAUUUCCUCGAAUAUGGGUAGUAAAUGGUAGGUGUAGUCAAUCUAUUCCGGGUCCGUUUGGCUUUUGAUAUACAUAGUUGUAAAACGAUAGACAAAGCGUAUAGACUAUAGGUUGUCUGUAUAAACUGAAGAAGCGAUAUUACUGAGGACACGCACACAUAACUAGUUUAACACACGAACACGCCUGUCAACGUCUAUCUGAUUUUUUCCUGAUUGUGUAUGUGCCUUAGGCAUAUUGGGACCUCAGUGGAGUCACAGGGAGUUUUGGCCGAGCGCAGAAGCAUCGCUUGAUGAGGCCUGAAGGCAGAACAGAUGGACGGAACGACUCUCUAAAGGCGUCUCUUCUGAGAUUCUUACCUCGGCUCGGCCGUUCGGGAAGGGUGUUUUGGCCUGAGUGUAUAAAAGAGCACCCCGAGAUCGUGAGUUAAAAAACUCACGUCCCAGGUGAGUUCAGAUAAUUUGGACCUCGUCUUCGCCGGCGAAGACUCUGUUGUGGUCGUGUUGUUUGCGAAGCUUUGUCGGUUGUUAUGUCAUCGUCAGGAUCGUAAAGCCAGACGGACUUCCCGUAAUAGGUUGUCAGUAUUCACAAUAGUCAGGCAUGACAGUGCGUUCACAAAUUUAAAAUUUCGAUACAUACAAAAUUAAUGUUGCAGCUGCGUUUUAUUAUACAUUAUGGUUAUUUAUUGUAAACGUAGGUUAAUUUUACGGAUUACGGUGUUAAGAUUACGAUGAACAAUGUAUAUCAAGUUACUAACAAACCGGUUGUGUCGUGUGUGCUUACGUCUAACAAGCAUGUGUUUGUGAUUACGUCUUACGUUACGUCUGCGUAUGUGUGUACGCGUAUGUGUUUGUGUGUGUGUGCACGCACACAGGGUAGCAAUUAUGUGUUUCGUGAAUAUUAUAAUUUAUGCUGAAAUAUUGGCCACGUGUAUUCGAAACAAUUCCACAUUGUAACUAUGCGAUGAUAAGACUGAUGGUCACUCUCUAAACUGUCUUCUCAUUUAUUUUGUUGUACGUAUUAUAUUCUGGAAACCUUAGUAGGGGAUUGCAAAGAAAUGAAAAUGGACUUAAUGCUCUUAACUUUAAAGUUUCAAAUUCAGUACUACAGAAUUUUGGUUUACAAAGGUUUCGACAGAUUCGCUGCCUUUUGAUGUAUGGACGUUUCAACCUUGAAACUAUUGCAUUAAAUCCAUUUUGCUAGAUAUUACUUUGAUUUGUGUAGUCCCCUACUAAGAGUAGAUACUCCUUCGCAAUGGAGUUUGGUAUUAUCGAUAAAAGUAUUUUAAUUCGAUAAUUAAUUAUGUGAUAUGUGUUUGUGUAUUUCCGAAAAGCAAUAACAUUGUGAUAACUAAUUGUGAGCAAUUGUAUGCACUAAACUGAGUAUUUGCAUAAUGUAAAAUGUCAAUUAAAAAAAAUAAUAAUGUACUGGAUUAUGAAUAUUUAAGCUUGAUUUUUUUUUAUUUCAGACUAAAACUAAGCGCGCAUGUACUUUUUUUCUGGCUUCAGAUUGUGUAGUGUUGAAAUGGUUACUUUGUUUUAUUAUUUUUUUAAGACAGUUUGGCUUUGGUUGUAUUGGUAAGGCAGAUGACAGUAGUUUAAUACACUUUCAGUUUAUGCACACACAAUUAUACAAGUUCGUUUGUGUGUGUAAACUGAAAGUCAACAAAGCAGAAACGCAUAUUUAAAUUAUUGCUGCAAUGGCAGAAUUAUUUACUGUUUUUCAGAGGCAGAUAAUAAUGUAAUAAAGAUAAAUUGGAAAUAUGCAUGUGAUUAUUUAUAUUCCUUAUUGGUAUGUAUUCAUACUGACAAAAAUAAUUUACUCAGUUUCAAUUAGAUAUUAAAAAAUGUGUAAAAUCCCCGGGAUAUUCAAUAAUAGUGGUUAUAACGUUCGCCAUUGGUUUGAAAAGUGACGUCAUUUUCUAUGCUAAUAAAUUCAGGCAGACUAUAAACUUGUUGUCUUUUGAGGUUUGUGAUGUCGAAGUUAGCAGGCUUAAAUGACGGUGUAAUAAUAUAUUCAUAUACUUUAAUAGUUUAUUUUGCACAAAAUAAUAAUGUUUUAUCUUGGGACUUAAUUUAUCAUAGUGUUGUUAUCGCAAAAAUCGUUUAAAAGUAUAAAAAAAUACAUGCAUAGUUCCUAUUAAUAUGUUUUGUUCGCGCUCCUUUAUUUCCUUCCAUAAAUGAAACUGUCUCUACACCUUAAUAUUACAACUAAAAACAAACAUCCAUUUUUGAAAAACGUAGCUAUAAUAUAUGUAGGUAUUUCGUAAUGUCAAUUAUGUAAAAUUUUUACGUGUUUUCAUAAUGUAAUGUAAUGUAAUGUUUAUCUAAAAUUUAAAACUUUACCAGUGACAUGUGCGUUUAGUUUUACCCACGUACUAAAGUGUAAAGGUUGUAUAAAUACAUACAUAACAUUUUGUCUUCUUCUUUCGAAUAAAAAAUAUAGUGAAGAUAGAAAAAGUAAUAAUUGUGUAACUAUCCACUUACAAUGUAAUGCUACGUAAGACAGAUAUAAGGAAACUUUAAAUUAUUUUUAUAUAUUGAAAAUUACCCAGAGAUUAUUUAACUUUCCAGUUUAAAACAAUUCCAUAUAAAUGUAAGCUUAAAUAAGAUCUUCCGUGACAUUGUAUAGCAAUAUAAAAUUGCCUUUAAUUAUUAUGAGACACUAAUUAACUUCGAUGUUGUAUCAGUUUUAUAUAAAAAUAGUGUAAUGUCUAGUUUCCAGUAAGCUUAAUGGCCAGUGCACAUAUAGGCGAGACCUAUCUUUUUAUGGUUGGGGAGCCCACAGUGCUAAGUAAGGAUUUACUCGAGCGUUGAUGGACCUUGUUGCAUUUGGUAAAAUUAGAUGUCAUUAGAUGUCAGUAAAAAGAAUAAAUGUUCAUUUAAUGCUUUCAGUGGUAGAGGAAGCGUCUACAGAUUUUAUUAUUAUGCGAAAAUCGGCAGAUUAAUAUAUAUUUUAUUAUUGUGGACAACUAAAAAGAAACUACCGUAAUCACGGUUUAAGAAUUCUCAGACAAGCUGAUUUUAUGCAACAUUGUAACCCUCCCUUAGGUUACUUUACCUAAUAAAAUCAUCAGAUUUUCGAAAUGUAAAACUAACUAUUACUACCUUACAUUUUUCUGACGCGUGCUGGUUCAGUAUUUUUCAGGACAGAUUUUUUUGAAUUCCCUAAAUGUACCAUUAAAUGUAAUAUGCAAGGUAGCCUCCCCUCUUAUGUUCAUCUGCCGCGCUCGAGUAGAUCCCUAAAAUACCCUCUUGGACUCCCCUACUAAUGUGAUUUAUCAUCAAUUUUAUUCGUUACAAAGAAAAUAGCGUGAUAUGGAUAAUCGGUUUUAUUUAUUGGAGAAAAUCUUAUUUUUCUGUAAUAAUUGAUUCUAUUCGAUUGCUUAAUUUAUUUUUUUAAUUUUGAUUAAAAUAGAUAUUUUUAUUUAUUACUUCUUGAUUUAUGUUAUGCGAAUAAUGACUUAACGCGGUCAUGAUAGGCACUUGUUAAAAUAACGUGGGCCUACAUAAAUUAAUUUUCAUAUGAAUAUUUGGUGUAGGUAGUGCCUUUGUGCAUACUUCGUGGACAUCUGAAAGUUCCUAAAUUCGAUUAUCGCCUAUUGUAACUAUUGUGGUACCCAAUCUUGUAUUGUUGUACCCAAUCAAUGUUCUAAGGUAUUUGAAGAGGAUGCAAUAUUUUUCUUUACUUGUCAAGAUUCAGAUUGUCAGAUGUCAGAUUUGUCAAUUAUUUGAACGAAGGUUAGUGUGACGCCAGUCUGAUUACACAAUCGUAUUUAAUUUUAUUUUAAAUAAUAAUAAUAAGAUUUGUCCAUACUAUCCCAGUUCAGUGAUAAUCUUAAUCUUAAUUAAAUAAUAAAUAUGGUAUUUUAAGCGACUCAGAAGUAGUAACCCAUAAAGAAUUACACAACAAGAAAUAUGGACGGGUCGAACGCCACGAGUAUACUGAAGCCGACCGCACGACGAGCGGCUUGUAUCGUAACUCGUUCCCGCGCAACCGAUCGGUACCCCUCUCUAACUCCCCACUCUUUACGGAAACAAGUCGCGCUACCUGACGUCAUAUCCGUUACCUACAGUAUUAUUAUCAGUCGUAUUUACCUAUAUCUUCCCAAUUUAACAUGUCUCGACUGUGGAUUGGAUGGAAACUAUAAAUUUUCUCGAUUUAACUUAAAUUUGUUAAAACGGCAUUUAUAUAAAUUCAUUUGAAACUCAUAUUUUAUUUUUAUUUAUUAACAUAUCGUUUGUAUUGCAUAAGAUUAAUGAUAAUGAUCGUAUUAUCUGUUGGUUGUAAAAUUACCACGGUUUUGUUUACCUACCCUCCAUGUCGCGACUCUGCCCGCCUACAUGUGCUCGAGCUCUAAAGGACCAUUACAUUUGUUGAUUGUUAUCGUCAUAACGUAUAUUGUAUAGUCAUUUCAACGUAAGUUUCAGCAUAAAUUAUCCGUUAAGUACCGCCACUGAUCUACGCCGCAUCGCUUCAAAUGUGAACCUUAAAUUGUGUCCCGUAAGGUUGCGUUUCAUGCAUACAUUGUAGACCAAUAAGAAGAUCUAAUUAUGACACGAUAAUUUAUCACGUCAUCAUUCUCUAAUCUUAUUGGCUUAUUGCAUUAGAUGAGAUUUUAGCUGGUCAUAAAAGGGUCAAGGAAUCUCAAAAUCGUGCAGUAUUGUAGUGGAUGCGGUGUGUGUUGGUGGCAAGCAUUGUGAUGAUCGCGAUAGUUCGCACGUCGGGAAUACUCAUUGUGAAACAUUAAUUAUUGUUGUAUAGAUGAUAAAUAAUGUGACUUACGCAGGGAUGGAUACUUAAAUUAUUAAAUUUUAACUGAUAUAUUGGCUAUGUAGUGAGUAGAAUAUUUUUUUACAAAUAAAAAUAUAGCAGCUAUAAAA